CAAAAUUUCGUCCCGGAAAGAUUAAACUUCCUACAAGUUCGAUUCUGAUUGGUUGUUUGUGUCACAUGCACAAAAUGGCGGCUCCCAACCCUGGUAGUGGACCACUGGAUGGGUGGAAUGAUCCUCCAAUGCUACAUUUCAAUGCAACUUCUACACCGCCGUCUUCUAAAACUACCCGCCUACAGCUUAACAAACGUGUUAGUUUCCCUUUAAACACGUCUAAAGCUCAUGAACCAUCCAUUGGUCUGCAAGAUCCAUCUGCAGCAGGAAUGCUUCUGAGCCCAAAAAGUGGACCGCUGCAGUUGCCCCCUGUACAUAUCCUGCCCCCUAGUGCAUCCACUACUGUCAAUCCCCCUGUGCCUCUUUUACUCCCUUUAAGCCCUCCUAUAGACCACAGUCUGUUGCCCCCUUCCUUUGUAGCUGCUGUACGUGAACCGCAGAGGUCAGAAACAUUACCAGAGCUCUUGGAGAGGCUGGAGCUGGACUCUGCUGAUGCGUUGAGAAAAUAUACCAAGAGAGUUUUGCAUGAAAUGGUAGAUAUUUGCAAAGAAAGCAUACAGGGUCGCUCAAGAGGUGAUGUCCAGGCCAGGUUGAGUAUGUUAGAUGAUCAAUGGAGAGAUGGCAAACUUUCAGAAGGUGCUAGGAUCAAGCUGGGAUGUUUAGCAAGUGCUUUGCAGCAAAAAGAUCUGAAGCAAGCAGAUUGUCUACACCUGGCAUUGAUGGUAGAUCACAUAUCAGAGGUUAGUCAGUGGAUGGUGGGUGUCAAAUGGCUCAUCACUGAAUUAAAACAGCUGACCUUACAGCACAUAGCCACUGCUGCCAGUAAGAAGGAGACUCUAACAGAGCCAGAUCUGUCGAAUUCUCUUGGGUAUAACUCAUCCGCAGUAACUCAAGAAGAUGUUUGCUUAGAUACUGUACAGUUUUCUAAUUUAAAGCCGAUCCUGCUUCCAGAGGAUCUGUUGCCUCAACCAAACGAGGAACCUCUACCUCCACCCAUUGUGGAUCCUUUGCUACAACCCAUUGUGGAUCCUUUGCCUCAGCCCAGAGUUGAUCCCUUGCCACAGCCUAGUGUUGACCCCUUGGCUCAACCUAGCAAUGAUCCAUUGCCUCAAUCCAAUUUGGAUCUUUUGCCUCAAACCAGCAACAGUGUGAAUGACGAGCAAUCAAGCCAGCCACCUGGGUUAGAGCAGCAAACAUCUAGUCAAGCAUCAGAUGAACAAGAAAAUAGGUGAUAAAACUCUAGUUACUGUUUGCCUAUAGUCUCUCCGUGUGUUCCCAGUUACUGAAAAAGUUUGCGUGUCAGUUUUCAGAUAAACAGCCUAGAGUUUGCUAAGUCGUUAAUUAAAAUGUCAUCAACACCUGUUUAUAAAUUUAUAUAUACCUGCCAGUUUAUCAAAUUUAAAAUGAGAAAUGGUCCUAUUACUAGGGGGUGUGUCUGUUUAACUGAGUCUACACAGAAAUUUUGACUUGCUCUUCUUGAUUGCUGUUUUGUUUUAACAAAGACCUAUAUUUAGAAAAAUAGUUUUUUUUUCAUGCAUGUGCAAUUUGGCUGUAUAUAAAAUUGUUGUUUUUUUUUUCAUCUUCACUAUCACAAUGACAUAGUUUGUAUCGAAGAAACAAACCAAUUAGAUAAGAAUAUAGUGUGUUUAAGAAUUCAGUUUUUUCUUCUUAUAAUGCUGCCAUCUCCUUUUGACAAACAUUAUUGGUUAGUAUUGUAGCAAAUGUUGUUGACAUUGGAAAGUAGUUACACCUGAAUUUUCAAAUUAAUUAUAUAGCAUUGAAAGCCAACAGUGAGCAGAAACAUUUUUCUUUUCCUAUUAUUUAUUUUCACUAGAAAACAACAAAAACAAGAAAUGGCUUUGUCAUCAAGAGUAUCUAUAAUUAGUUAGUAGGAAUUCCCCAUUUAAUCUGAUUGUAUUUAAGAAUUGGACACAGAAAAUCAAAUGAAGACAAAUUAUGUAUUCUGAUGUGCUAACACUUUUUUUUUUCUAAACUAUGCAAUUUUCAAGUUUUGUAAAAAAAACAACAUAUCAUUUAAAUUUAAAUAAUGCAUACAAAAAUGUUGUCUCUUGCUGUCAUGACAACCUGAUCUGUUUACAAAAAUGUCCACAACUGAAUAACAUACAAUUUACUUCUGUUGUGAAAUGAAAUGUAUGCCUUUAACAUUACUUCUUGAUGUAGUCCAUGAACAGAGAAUCAUUUUUAAUUCAACUUUCAACUCAAAACUUUCUCCAAUGAAAGAUGUUUGUGACACACAUUUCGGGUUGUAUUUUAGCCCCAUAAUGCUGUUCCCAUGCUUGAGCUUAUGCAUUAAUAUAAUUAUCACAACUUUGUUCCUACUCUCUGUAGUUUUGUGUGGACUAAGGUUGUUGUUUUUUAAACUGGAAAUCCUACAAGUGCAUCAUGGGUAUUGGCAGAUGAGUAGAUGUUAUCAACUUUUCUAAACUUAAGCCCAGUUUUUUUACUUCAAAAGUAUUCGAUACCGUACUUUAUACUUUAAUGAGGACUUUGUAGAUAGUGAAACUGUACGGGGAUUAUAAAGCCUGUACAUGAUGUGAGUACUCUAAAUAAUAAUAGUAUGCUUUUUUUUAUGUAAACAGUUAUUUUAGAAUAUUACAAAUUGUUUCUCUGUAUGACCUUCAUAUUAAUUUAAUUCACAAACAACAAUGUGUCACUUUUAUCUUGAUAUUGACUUUGUCAAAGGCUGCGUUACUUAUGUUUGAUAUGACUCUUCCUUAAACUGAUUUUAAUCUUUGCUUUUAUUAAGUGUUCGAUCACAAAAAGUGGUUUUUUUUUUGUUUUUUUUUUUUUUUUUUUUGUUAAUGAAUAUGUAUAUAAAUGGGCAUCAUUUUAAAAAAUACAUUAUGAUUGUAUUUAUAGGGAUUUUAUCAAUGCUGGUAAUAAUAUAUCUUUAUUCAAUAUGAACCAUUGUCUUUUCCCCACCCACCCCUUUCUCUAUUUCUACUCACAAAUUGUGUGUGUUUCAUCAUGUUAACUAUAUUUCAUGAAUAAUACUUUAUGUUUGUGACAAAUUGAUAUAAAGCUUAUCGACAUAUUUAGCCUUACAUUUAGGUGGAUUGCACUUCAGUAUAAUGUGUGUUUGAAAUGUAAUUUUAUGAUAAAGAUGUUUGAAUGAUAGUAUCUCUAAGGAUGUUACUUUGACAAAGUUAAAGCUUUAAACCUCAUAACUCUUUAAAUUGGUUAGGUUAAUCUAUAACUGUGCAAAUUUCUAUGGUCGUUUAUAAAAAAAACAACAAAUGACAACAUUUGGAUAUUGUAGAUUCCCACAGACCUUUUCAUUGGAUGCAUAGCUAAAUGGGGAUAAAUACCUGUUACUCAAAUAGCUUCUCAAAAAGUUAUAGUUUCUGCAUUUUAUUGCAAGUUGAAGUUAUGUAUUUCUUUUGUUUAUGCAAAUUUUAUGUUGCUCUAAUUCUGUUUUUUUUAAAUAGUGCUUCAUUUUAUCUUUAUAACCAAGAAAUUUUUCACCCUCAGUGGAACAAAGUACCCAAAAUCAUUUUCCACAUAAGAAAUAAAGAAACAGAUGAAAUUUAAUUAACUAGUUCCCAGCCCCUGUUGACUUUGCUAAUAUAUAAUAUAUGUUUUGUAAAAAAAAAAAGUGAAGUUCCCCCUUUCAGAUCUUGCAUUCUAAAUAUUUUUAUAAUGAGAAAAGUUUUAAUACAAUAUAAUACAAUUAAUUAAAAACAUAGAAACAUUUAGAAAAGCCUUUAAACAUACAAAAACAUUUAGUAAACAUAAGAAAACUUAUGACAGCAAUGGAAUGGCAGGGGUGUUAAAUGAGAAAGGGAUGAAUUUUGUGCUUGGAGGGGAAAAUCACCCUCCAAUACAACAUGUGGCAUUAUCAAAUCAGGGCUUGUGGCUGUUAUUUUAUAUCUGGUUCAAAUUUUGAACAAUAUUUUUGGUUGUUAUUCAAAUAAUUUUUUAUUGAACGCAUUCGCUGGCUGAGGUUCCACUGUAGCUGAAAGAAAUGUCCAACUACUAUUUAGUGGUUUAACUUUGAUUGCUUUAUUUAACCUUGUUACUAAAAUGCUAUCUUCUGUUGAAGGACCCUUAGGGCUGAGUAGAACUGAUAAAGACAUAAGCGUAGUAUAUUCAAGAGCCCAUACAUGGUCAAAAGUUCACCAGCCUACUUGUGACCAGAACCAUUUUCCCUAUUUUUUUUUAUUUGUUACAUUUCCAAAUUGAAUACUAAAAAUAAUUAUUAUAAUUAAUAUGUCUUUCAGGCUAUGAGUUGAUGUUUUGUUUAACAAACAUAAAUUUUUAGAAAUUCUUGUUUAGUUUCAGUUGUUUUUUUUUUUAAUUUGAAUAUGUUUGCAUUAUUUCCCUUUCAACAUAUUCUCUGAAUAUAUGACUAAAUUCAAAUUAUAUUCAAAUGAAUUUAGCUUUAUAAGACCUUAGGCAAAUAUGGCAUUCUGCCAUGAUACUACAUACAUUUCUGUAGACUUUUAGAUUCAUAGAUUUAGUUCUUACAUGUUAGCAACAGCAAACUAUAAUAACUGCUUCUGUAGUUUUCUCUAAUGGAAAAGCAGGUUGUUUUGUUUUUUUUUACCAUUGUAUUUGUUUUUUGUCCUUAGAUAUCCAAAGUUUGCAAAAACAAAAUUAAUUUAACAAAGUACAAAAAAAAAACCAUUGAUGGUCAGAGAAGAAACAUGUAUUGAUGAUGAUUGAAGAAAACUUAUGUACAAUUGUGCUCUCAUAUGUUCUCAGUCUCUCACACUGUCUGUUAUGGCUACUCUCAUCCUUAUGAAGAAAUGUUAAUUAAAAUAUAAAUAUUAGAAUAGUUUGAUGAAUUAAUUUUUUAAGACCUUUUUUCUACAAGAUACUUUAGUUGAAAGCGAAAUAAAAAAUGAAAUAUGAUUACUUGUCACAUGUUCAUUGAUUUAAGCCUUAAAUGUGACUCAGUAAUCUUUAUUAUCUUUUAUUAAUGUUAACAUUAAGCCUAUACACCAAAUACUAUUAAGAGUUUCUCCUUAGGAACAAGGACCAUGUCAAAUAUAGAUUAGUUAAAAAAACAACACCACAAAAACAUUUCUUUGUUUCCUACAGAAAGUCUGUCACACUGUGAUGAUCCUUCAUCUUCCAUCUCUUUGAUUCAAGACUAUUUUUCUCUACAAGAAAGAGUUGCUUUUAGAAAAUUAAAAGCACCUUUACACUUCUAUAAUCUUGCAUUCCUUCCUUGCCGAGCGGUCAAGUUUUAUUUAGUUAUGUUGUCUACAAUAUCUAAUGAAACUCAUCCUACUGUCAUCAGAUUGCAAGCAAAAACGUUGCUUAACUUUGACCAGUGUUGUAAGAUUAAAAAAGGAAAUUUCUUACCAGCUGCAUUUAAUAUAUAGAAUCACUUUCUUGCACAGAAAUCUUGUAAUAUAUAUUUUUUUAAAUUAUUAUUUUUAUAUUUAACCAACCAUUGUUAUGUAAGGGUUAAUUCCACUAUUUCUUUAGCUACACAGAUCCAGACAUCUAAUCAGCUAUUCUGGUAAUAAAUUAUGAAAAUAAAAGCUCGUUUUUAAACUCA